CCAUGCGCAGGCGCGGAGGGCCGGGGUGGGCCCGGCGUCGCCAUGGGCUCCUGAGGCCCGCAGCGCCCCCGCGCCGGUGCCGGCGCCCGCCCGCCCGCGGGGCAGCGGGGCAGGGCCCGACCCGACCGGAUCCGACCCGACCUGACCCCUCCUGACCCCUCCUCACCCUCACGGGCCGAGCCCAGCCCAGCCUAGCCCCGCCCCGCCCGCCGGGAGGUCUUGGCUUGUGGGUGGCUCUUUAGAAUCCCAACUGGAACGUCACACCAGAAAGCACCAUGAUAGUGAUGACUGACGUCACUGUGGCCCCCAGAUUGGGGUCAGCUGCCACCACUCCAGCUGUGGCUCCCAACUUCUCCUGGAUGCCGGAGGAUGGCAGCCCCACAGCUGUGGAGCAGCCAAUAUUCCUCAUGACCACUGCUGCUCAGGCUAUCUCAGGUUUCUUUGUGUGGACAGCUUUGCUCAUCACCUGCCAUCAGAUCUACAUGCAUCUUCGCUGCUAUAGCUGCCCAAAUGAACAGCGCUACAUUGUUCGGAUCCUCUUCAUUGUGCCCAUUUAUGCUUUUGACUCAUGGCUUAGUCUCCUGUUCUUCACCAAUGACCAGUACUAUGUUUACUUUGGCACAGUGCGGGACUGCUAUGAAGCCUUUGUAAUAUACAACUUUCUCAGCCUGUGCUAUGAGUACUUGGGAGGGGAGAGCUCCAUCAUGUCUGAGAUCAGAGGGAAACCAAUUGAGUCCAGCUGUGUAUACGGGACUUGCUGCCUGUGGGGAAAGACCUAUUCAAUUGGAUUCCUGAGGUUCUGCAAACAGGCUACCCUGCAGUUCUGUGUGGUGAAGCCCCUCAUGGCGAUCAGCACAGUCAUCCUUCAGGCCUUUGGCAAGUACCAGGAUGGCGACUUUGAUGUAACCAGUGGCUACCUCUAUGUGACGAUCAUCUACAACAUCUCUGUCAGCCUGGCACUGUAUGCUCUCUUCCUUUUCUACUUUGCUACACGGGAGCUGCUCAGUCCCUAUAGCCCAGUCCUCAAGUUCUUCAUGGUGAAGUCUGUCAUCUUCCUGUCCUUCUGGCAAGGGAUGCUGUUGGCCAUCUUGGAAAAGUGUGGUGCCAUCCCCAAAAUCCACUCUGCCAAUGUGUCUGUGGGUGAAGGCACAGUAGCUGCUGGAUAUCAGGACUUCAUCAUUUGUGUGGAGAUGUUCUUUGCAGCCAUCGCCCUACGCCAUGCCUUCACAUACAAGGUGUAUGUGGACAAGAGACUUGAUGCCCAAGCUGUUCCAUCAUAUGGGCCAUACGGUCGCUGUGCUCCCAUGAAGAGCAUCUCCAGCAGCCUCAAGGAGACCAUGAACCCCCAUGACAUCGUCCAAGAUGCGAUCCACAACUUCUCCCCAGCCUACCAGCAGUACACCCAGCAGUCAACACUGGAGCAUGGUCCACCCUGGCGCAAUGGCAGUCAUGUUAUCUCACGCUCACACAGCUGCUCAGGUGCCCGUGACAACGAGAAGACCCUCUUGCUGAGCUCCGAUGAUGAAUUCUAGGAAGGGAAACUGCCAGCACAGGCUGUCAUUUUCCUUCUUUUCUUUUUUUAAUUUCGUUUGUUGGUUGUUUUUUUUUUUUUAAUUUAUUGAAGCAGAAACAUGCAAGUCAUAUCACUUCCUAGAGAGUGUAGGUUGCAGAAGUGGGCACUUCCCAUUAACUUUUGUGGGUACAGACGUGAUGAGCAUUGUGGAGGUGGGGGAAUGGCCAGGACUCCAUUCUCGAGCCCAUUCCUUACAGCAGCAGUUGACUGGAAUUAACUGAAGCAAAGCUCCAGGCUUUGGGGCUCUGGCCUCCCACACCUGUUCAGCUUGGUGCAGAGCGUGACUGGCCAGAACCUGGAGUUGUGGCCAAAAAUGUUUUUGUUUUUUUUCCAACAGGACAACCCAACUGCUUUGUAUUCCUCUUCCUGAAUGCUAAUGAAGGCACAGUUUUCUCCCCCAGCUCCCUGGUACUAACAACUACUCUGUGAUCCUUGAGAAAUGGGAUUAGGAUGCAGUGAUAAGCAUUCCUGAGGACCAGACCAGAGACUGGUCUGUUUAUAGCCAUUUUCUUGAAUGCUUUGUAACAAAAUGUCUGCUCCCACUCUCCUAAGCACCUGCUUGUGCAGUCCUGUACUUGAGUGAGCGAGGGGGAAAAAGGACAGAACUUUCUUCCUGUUCCUCCACUUCCUGCGUUCCCCCUGCUUCCCAUCAGAGCUGAUGCUUGUUGAAGCUCAGCAGGGAUGGUAUUACUGUCUCACAAGGGCAGGGUUUUCUAAUCAGCAGGUGUCCAAGCUUCCCAUCUCCCCUUCGUUCCUGUGGGGCAAGAAGCCUGCCUGCAGUGUCUGUCUCCUGGUAAUGAGACUGAGGUGAGGACUGGCUGUGAUAGGUGAUUGAGUUUUGUAGAGCUCUGUCCCUUUCAUCCCUCUUUGGGAAAGGAAGAUACACAAACACUGAAAUGUUUUUUUCUUGUUUCCUGUCCCCCACCUACAUAGCUGCCCCUCUUAAAGGUGUGGAUUGCACCAGAGCAGGUGCUGGUCUCCUGCAGGGGGUUCUCCCCCUGCUUGUCAUCACUGACUUCCCUUGUGAGCUGCACAAGUUUUGCCCUUAAGCUGGAGUAUUCAGGAAGAGAUGCUGCAUACUCCUCCUUUGCUUUUUAUCUCCAUAGCUGUUCUGGGCCAAACUGGAACAGACUUGAAACCUAACAUGACCUGGGUGGUUAAAAUUGUCCCUCUUAAUUUCCCAGGCAGCAGAUGCUGCUGCACAUUUCACAGGCCCUGCAGCAAUUGCAGUGAUGUCAAGGGUGGAGCCAGUAUCCAUGGGAGUGGGAGAAGCUUCCCCUUGCUUUUGUUGGGUUUUGGAUUGGCCCCUGAGUAUUUGGUAGAGCAAAAAUAAAAAUGAUCCUUCUGUAGAUCUAUCCAGGGACCAGGAAAUGCCUCUUGCUUGCUUCAAAUUGUGUAGGGGAGGAGGGCGGAGCACACUCAAGUGCCCCCGAUCAGAUGCCCCUACCCCCAAGCAGGAAGCAAAAUGGAGAGGUUGGAGCAAGCUGCUGUGUUCUUGGCUGAAGUUUCUCUGUUCUUCUCCUGCUUGAUGCCUACCCUGCCACCAGCAGACCUGCACAUUUCCAGCUUGCCCCUUGUUGCUCUGCUGGGAGAACUGGGAUCUGGUUUACUGCCUGGAGUUUACCUUUCCUCUUGUAUUCUAAUCUAUGUGUUGCUCAUUCACUUUCUCAGAAGGAACUGUAAGUGAAGAGCACCUAAUUUCCUCAGCACCUCUGCCAGGAGUUGGGGGAAAAGGGCUUGAAGAGAGGUAGGUUUGCUCCUUUCUGUGAGGAUAAGAUAGGGGAAAGCUUAAGGACAGUGUCUCCUUCCAUGCUUGCAUGUCUGAGGGGGACUGUGGAGCAGGUGGGAGCAACAGUGCUGACUCUCGAGGCAGCUGGAGGCAGGGUCAGUGGGUCCAGCAGCUUCUCUGCUGCUGGAUUUUCCCAUUUGUGCAUAUCCUGCGAUGCCAUGCAGUUAGUUACUGCUUUUCCUAAAUCUGUCGCUGCUUAAAUGGACACGCAGAUGUGUCUGCCAGGCUUUAUGUGGGCUUGGUGUAAAACUCCUUUUCCUCAUGCCAUAAGCUGCCUGAAAAGUAGGGCUGAAGACUGAAUGGGGUUUCCUUCUGUCUUCUAUGGCUUUGGUUAAUAGUCCUUGAGUGUGAGAUAUUUAUGUUAAACUUCCCCUCUCUCUUAGGAAGGUGGGGCAUGAUCACUUCCUCCCCUUCCCUUGCAUUUGCAGGCCGUUGAUGAUGUCUCAGUGUCACUUAAUUGGUGACUGUUCCCAGUCUUUGUUGUGUUGGGUGGCUGAGAUCUGAAAUCUCUGGAAUUGCCUUGUUGAGCUUGAAGGUGAUCCAGGUUUGGGGAAGCAUUUUUUUAAAAAUUAUUCUGAAAUGUAUGCUGCAUAUAUAUGCUGUGCAGAGGAUCUGGAUAUUCUCAAAGCUUCAUGUAUGUAGUGGUUCUAAGUAUAAUCCUUUUGCACUAGCUGCCUUUGGAGAAGCCUGGUGAAGAAUUAGUGCCCAAACAACAGCCAGCUGCCAUGCAUUAUGAUUUUUUAUACAUCUAUAUUUUUUAACACCACACAAAAUCAUCUCUGAGCUUCCUGCUCUCCCUCUUGACAGGCAAAUGCCAGAGCAAGGACUGGCUCUGAAGCUGCUCUGGCUUGGAAGAACAAAUAUCUCCUUAUAAGACCCAGAGCUUGUGACCAAGGAGGCCAGGGCAUCCGUGGUCUUACAGGUCUGCUUGCCCAGGGCCCCAACAAAUGUGUCAGUUCCAGCAGUAGGCCCUUGGAGCAGCUCUCCCUCACCUGCUUCCCCUCUCCUUCCUUCCUUCCUUUUUGUUUACUAUGUAACAUACCCAUGGGAUUUAUUAUUUUUCCAUAUAGAGUAGUUCUUUGUAUAUAAAUGACUGAAAAAAAAAAAAAGUAUGAUAAAUAAGACAGAGGCACCUAGUUUUGUACCUAUUGUGUUUAACUGAUGCGAGCUCAGCGACAAGCCGCUCUCUCUAUUUUGGUCUUUGUGAUGUUAUACUCUGCAGAAAUGAGCAAAUAUGAUGACAAAUAAAAAUAUAGAGAUAAUAUAGAUUGUA